GCUGUGCCUGCGCCUGCGUCAGUCAUCUACAGAGUACCGUCUCAGCUUCAGCCACCGACCACAAGCCGUCCACACGGCAACGCGAGUCUCUCAGCCCCGAAACCGCGACCGUCCUCGCACCCCUCGCCACUCGCGCCUCGUCCACCACCCUCGCCGCGAGCUCAGCCCAACAUGGGUGCCCUCUUGUCGAUCCCGUUCCUCGGCUCGAUCGGCGGCCUCGGGUCGACCUGUCUCACGGGCCUCGCCUUCUUCUGCACCGGCCAAGCGGCCUCGGCGCUCACGCGCAGCUGCAACUGCAACUCGUCGGUCGCGACCCGGGUCGGCUACUCGUUCAUCUUCCUCGUCAACUCGCUCGUCGCCUGGAUGAUGCUCACCGACUGGGCCAUCAAGCUCGUCGCCGAAAAGAGCUUCGACUGGAUCAAGAUGGAGUGCAGCGGCGGCAAGUGCUACGGCGUCCUCGCUGUCCACCGCAUCUGCUUCGCCCUCGCCGCGUUCCACGCCAUCCUGUCGCUCGCCCUCGUCGGCGUCAAGGACACGCGCUCCAAGCGCGCCGCGAUCCAGAACGGGUGGUGGGGCCCAAAGGUCCUCGCCUGGAUCGUCCUCGUCGGCCUGUCGUUCCUCGUGCCCAACGGCUUCUUCAUCCACUUCUGGGCGUCGUGGGCCGCCCUCCCCGGCUCGAUGGCCUUCAUCCUCAUCGGCCUCGUCCUCCUCGUCGACUUUGCCCACACGUGGAGCGAGACGUGCCUCGAGCGGUGGGAGGCGACCGACUCGGCCGUGUGGAAGUGGGUCCUGAUCGGGUCGACGCUCGGCCUGUACGCCCUCACGGUCGCCCUCACGACGGUCCAGUACAUUUUCUUCGCCGGCACCGGGUGCGGCCUCAACACGUCGCUCAUCACGCUCAACUGGGUCCUGUCGCUCGCCGUCUCGGCCCUGUCGGUCGCGCCCGCCGUCCAAGAGUCGAACCCGCGGUCGGGCCUCGCCCAGAGCGGCAUGGUCGUCGCCUACACGAGCUACCUCACGACGUCGGCCAUCGCCAACCACGACGACCCGGGCAGCGCCGGGAGGUGCAACCCGCUCCAGUCGCGGGCGGCGGGCGCGAGGACGGGCAUGGUCGUCCUAGGCGCCGUCUUUACGUUCCUCGCCAUCGCCUACUCAACGUCGCGCGCCGCGACCCAGUCGAGGGCGUUCUCGCCCGGCGGCGCCAAGUCGCGGCCCGACGCGCAAGGCGACGGGUACGAGGCCGUGCAGAGUCUCGAGCCGGGCGAGCUCGAGACGGUCGUCCGCACCCAGCCGAGGCGCGAGGAGACGCUGCGGUACCAGGCUCUCAAGGCCGCCGUCGAGGAAGGGUCUCUACCGGCCUCUGUACUCGACGCAUCCGACUCGGACGACGAGGACGAGGGCGGUGCGCCCGGCGGCAUGUCGCCCGUCAACGACGACGAGAAGGCGGGCACGCGGUACAACUACUCGUACUUCCACGUCAUCUUCGUCCUCGCCACCAUGUACACGGCAUGCCUCUUGACCAACAGGUCGGUCGUGUCGACGGUUGGCGGCGGCGAGGGCGACGGCACGCCUGUGCGGAUCGGGCGGUCGCACGUCGCGUUCUGGAUGCGGAUCGUGUCGGGCUGGACGUGCCUCGCCAUCUACGGCUGGAGCCUGGCGGCGCCUCUCGUGCUCCCGGACCGGUUCUGAGGGACGAGGCUGCGUGUAACACUGUCGAGCAUUCUC